AUGACCCUCAGCUUUCCUAUACAUUUAUUCACCCAGUCCGAGAUCCUCGUACGAAGGCAUCCUUCUCGUGGUCAUUACACAUUCGACAUCGCCAGCCUCGCGAGGCCGAACCGUGCUGACUGGCACACCGAUCCCAGUGCAAGCAUUCAUCUGCAGGAAAUUGAUGGCCGCGCUGGUCCCGGAUUGCGGAUAUAUGUUACGUCUUCUGAAGACCAGAUCUCUCCAAAUGAAGUCAUGGCUCAAGAGCCUGAUGUUGACAUGUCACUAGCAGCAGGGCAGUCGACUGCACCGUCGCAACCACACUCGCAUUCAACGGCAGCUCUGAAUCAAUUUCCGAACGACACAGAAGAGCCUGCCUUUGACUUCAACGCCUAUGUAAGGCCAGAUGUUGCGGGGGUCGACCUCAAUAUUCUCGACGCGUCAAACACCGAUGCACAGAUGGACUUCGGGUUCACGUUUGAGCUGAUUAACGGGUCUAUUUCGAACACGAAUGCUAUAACCCAUUCUCAAACCGCUACUUCAUCUCCCUCGGAAUACAUUAUGGGGGACGACAGCGUAUUUGGCGUCAGUUCUCCGGAUACGCUGGCAGACCAAUCACCGUGCUCUCCUUCGAGUGGUAGCGAGAGCGAAUCGAGCAAGAGACCGGGCUCCGACAAUCCUCCGCUUCAAGUGGUUGCCGAUGACAGUCCGUGUCAAGGCCCUGAUAGUGCGUCCGAUGCUCUCGGAAAGCCCUCAUCGGGGUUCAAGCGAGUGCGACGCUUUGUUUGCCUCGAGAAGACGUGCACUAGAAUGUUCACGUCAGAGUACACACGCAAAACGCAUAUGCAAACCCACAAACCUCGAGAGCCUAAAACGUUACAUUGUGAAACGUGUGACGAGGUGUUCUCGCGCAAACACGAUCUGCUACGGCACGAAGUCGCGCAACAUGGGAAAGAAUGCGAGUUCAUCUGCGAACGCGAAGACGUUGCAAGUGCAUCGUUGUCGGCGCGGUCAGACCCGAACGCGGUGGCCAAUGCCGGAUAUGUGCCUUCUGAAGCCCAGGCUCACCACAUGUAUAGCCGUCGUUGA